UGCGCAGUGCGGCCGUGCCGGCCAGACGGGGUGACCCUGAGGGUGCGGAGCGAGCCGGGAUGCUGACCAGGUUCCUGGGCCCGCGCUACCGGGAGCUGGCCAAGAACUGGGUCCCCACGGCCAGCAGGUGGGGCGCCGUGGGCGCCGUGGGGCUGGUCUGGGCCACUGAUUGGCGGCUGAUUCUGGACUGGGUGCCCUACAUCAACGGCAAGUUCAAGGACAAUGAAUGAAGCCCGCCCUCCACAGACCCCCACCGGUGUGUGCCGGUGCCCGCCGUGUCCAGGAAGAGCCUCGGCCCCGGGGACGCUGCAGGAAGACGCCAGGGAGACGUGCGGUGCAGCCUGGGUCGCGAUGGUGCUCGGGGGGCCUUGAGGUUGUGACAUGGCCAGCAUUAAAUUCACUGAGCCUGC